CAAAAUCCUGUAACUUUUGGCGAUUAUUGUGUUAACCUAAACAAAAAAAUUGUUUGAACCAUGACCUCUCUGGCAGUAAGUGACAAGGGUGUUGUCGUAGUGAGAAAUCUUUACAUUGAUCAUUACGACUAUUCUAACCACAAUGUUAUCGAAUUGCCGCAGAAAGCUAAAUCACAGGAAAAUGACGCUAUAUCGGAUGUAACACUGUCGUCUGACGGUCAACACAUGGCUGUAAUAACAUCAGUAUCCAAACAGUUACUAGUGUACGAGUGCCCCUUUUCUGAAAAAUACAAAACAUUUUUACUACCUAGAAGUGCGAGUAAGAUUCGUUUUACGACUGAUAAUCAGCAAAUAUUAGUCGCCGAUAAAAGCGGAGACGUUCUCAUUUACAAUAUCAAAACGGAGGACUCGGGAACUAAACUUUUAGGUCACUUAAGCUUGCUUUUAGACGUAUUACAAACACCUGACAAUAAAUUUAUUAUAACAAGUGACAGGGAUGAAAAAAUCAGAGUGUCAUGCUACCCUAAUACUUAUAAUAUACAGUCAUACUGCCUUGGACAUAAGGAGUUUGUGAAAAAUAUAGAAAUAUUGCCACACAAUGAGAAAUACGUAUCAAGCGCUUCGGGAGAUGGUCAUAUAAAAAUCUGGGAUUAUGUUGAAGGCAAACUGUGCUACAGUAUUGAUACUUAUGUAGAUGUGAAUGAUGAUCAAUUAAAAGAAGAAUUUAGCAAGACAAUGGACACAGAGGGCAUAGAGACUAUCACAUUACCCAUCGUUCAUUAUACAGUUGCAAAAUUUGAUGAGAACUCCUGUUUUCUUUCUGUUGUUGUACAUAAUUUCAACAAAUUACUUAUUUAUAAAUUAGAAACCGUAAAUCAUAAAUUUAGUCAUAAGUUGAUUGAUACAUUGACAAUGGAGAGAUGUCCUUCUGCUAUAAAAUUUCAUAAUUCGUCACUAUUUUUGUAUGAUAAUGUAGAUAGUGAAGUAACAAUCUUCAGUAUUGUGAAAGAUAAAACUUUACAACUAAGUAAAAAAGUGAAAAUGUUUGCACAUGUAGAUUUUUCAGAACUCAAUAAAGAAUCUAAUGAUUCUAUAAAAGUUUUGUACAAAAGAAGGUUUGACAAUGUACAGGAAUACCAGGAAAGAAAAAGACAGAGGCUUGAAAAGUGUAAGCAAUAA